AUGGAGAACAAAUCACAAUCCCCAGUGCUCACCAAAAAGUACUCUCUCGCCGACAUACGCUUCCCUUCUCCAGGCUCGGUAUCCACUCAUGGUUGCGAUCAUGUUAAAAGUCAACUGGAGGCCUCGCAGCCGGAUCUCCUCAAGCGGUAUACCACUUUGAUGCAAACAGUGCACAAGAACGGUGCAAUCGGACCCCAUCUCUCAAAGUCGUCAGCCAUCUCUCUACGACCAACCUACCUCUGUUUGGAGUGUUCAAGUGUCUUUCCGUCAGAACAACGUGGCCAGCACGACAAGAAGCACUUUCUCUGUGUGGAAUCGAGCAAGGGCAACAUCUACUGUCGAGAAUGCGACGACUUUGUAUAUGAUAAUGCUCUGGAGGAGAUACGCACUCAACAAGGCACGUGUGAAGGAGAUGGUCGCAAGACGUGUACUAACUACUCUCAAGGCAAGAAGCGCAAGCACGCCGUGUUCAUGUCCGAUGUCGACAGCAAGAUCCUCGCCGCAAACGCAGCAGCGACGCCCUGCCGAGCCAAAGGUCUUCGCGGCCUCUAUAACAUGGGUCAAACAUGCUUCAUGUCGGUCGUCCUCCAAUCUCUGAUCCACAACCCCUUCAUCCGCUCCUUCUACCUCUCCGUCGGCCACCGCUCCCUCGACUGCGAGCGCGAAGCAUGCACCUCGUGUGCUCUAGACGAUAUCAUCACCGAGUUCCACAGUACAGAAAAGGCGGAAGGCUAUGGUGCGGUUGCCAUGCUACAAGGCAGUUGGAAGGGCGGCGGUAAUUUGGCCGGCUACCAACAACAGGAUGCUCAUGAAUACCUGCAAUUCAUCCUGAACUCGCUCCACACCACAAAUCUCGAAGAGGACGAAAAGGAAGAGAAAGCCGAAGACUGCAACUGCGUUAUUCAUAAAGCCUUCUGCGGUCUGAUGCGUAGCACUGUGGUGUGCUCAAAGUGCAAGAAUGUCACAGCUGCGCUUGAUCCGUUCAUGGACCUCUCACUCGAUCUCAAAAGUCCCGGACCGAAGAAGAAGAAAAAUGAAGCACCUGUGGCACCCCAGGCUGUCGAUUUGACCGAGUGUCUAGAUCGCUUUACGAGUCCAGAAGUGUUGCAGGCUUCAGAUUAUCGCUGUCGAGAAUGCGACAGCCAACAAAGCGCCACCAAACGACUUGCUCUCUCACGUCUCCCACCAGUACUUCCAAUACACUUGAAACGCUUCUCACAUUCAAAAACCUCCUCUACUUCGAUCAAGCUUGACGCAAAGGUACAUUUCCCAAACGUUCUUGAUUUGCAACCUUAUGUCAGUCGUGCUCGCCCCAAGAAGGGCGGCAGCGAGAUAAACGGAACCAAGAAUGGCGCAGACGCCGAGAAGGGCACAUCUCCAAGACCUUUGUACGAGCUCAGCAGUGUCAUUGUGCACAAGGGCAAAAUGGAUAGUGGACAUUACGUGAGCUAUGCCAAAGAGGGCGACGAGUGGUUCCUGUUCGACGACAGUAAAGUCGUAUUGGUUGAGGAAAAGGAAGUCCUGGCAGCAGAAGCGUAUAUGCUCUUCUACAUUGUCCAAGAGAUUGAAGUUUGA